GGUCCGGCGCGCUGCAGCCAAUGGACCCCGUCGCCGUCGCCUACGUCACAGUACGGACAGCCAAUGGUGAAGCGGAGGUUGGACCUGGAAACUGACCAUCAGUACCUGGCUGAGAGCAGCGGGCCAGCCCGGGGCAGAGGCCGCCACCCAGGAAAAGGUGUGAAAUCCCCAGGCGAAAAGUCACGCUAUGAGACCUCGCUGAAUCUGACCACAAAACGCUUCCUGGAGCUGCUGGGCCGCUCAGCCGAUGGCGUUGUUGAUCUCAACUGGGCCGCCGAGGUGCUGAAGGUGCAGAAGCGCCGCAUCUACGACAUCACCAAUGUCCUCGAGGGCAUCCAGCUCAUCGCCAAGAAGUCCAAGAACCACAUCCAGUGGCUAGGCAGCCACGCGGCAGUGGGGAUCGGUGGGCGGCUUGAAGGACUGACCCAGGACCUCCGGCAGCUCCAGGAGAGUGAGCGGCAGCUGGACCACCUGAUCCACAUCUGCACCACACAGCUGCGGCUGCUGUCUGAGGACUCCGACAGCCAGCGCCUGGCCUACGUGACCUGCCAGGACCUUCGUAGCAUCGCAGACCCUGCAGAGCAGAUGGUCAUGGUGAUCAAGGCCCCUCCCGAGACCCAGCUCCAAGCUGUAGACUCCUCAGAGACCUUUCAGAUCUCCCUUAAGAGCAAACAAGGCCCCAUUGACGUUUUCCUGUGCCCUGAGGAGACUGCAGGCGGGAUCAGCCCUGGGAAGACCCUGUCCCAGGGGACAGCUUCUGGGGAGGAGGACCGGGCAGUUCACCCUGCCACCACAGUGCCACCGCCAUCAUCUCCCGCUUCGUCCCCUGCUGCGGAUCCCAGCCAGUCCCUGCUCAGCCUGGAGCAAGAACCUCUGCUUUCCCGGAUGGGCGGCCUGCGAGCCCCCGUGGACGAGGACCGCCUGUCCCCGCUGGUGGCGGCCGACUCGCUCCUGGAACAUGUGCGGGAGGACUUCUCCGGCCUCCUCCCUGAGGAGUUCAUCAGCCUGUCCCCACCUCAGGAGGCCCUCGACUACCACUUUGGCCUUGAGGAGGGUGAGGGCAUCAGAGACCUCUUCGACUGUGACUUUGGGGACCUUACCCCUCUGGAUUUCUGACGGGGCUUGGGGGGGACCAGGGCCUCCUGAGAUGCCCACCCUGUCUUUGCAGCCCUGGAGCCCCCUGCCCCUGGCCGUCCUCCCAGCCCAAUUGGAAACGUUUAAUUUAUACCCCUCUCCCCUAUCUCCAGAAGCUUCUAGCUCUGGAGUCUGGCUACUUGCCAGGAGGCUGAGCAAGCCAGGAAGGGAAGGAUUCUGUUUGUGGUGUGUAUGUGCAUGCACCCAACACCCAACAUGUGUGUACACGGGGUGAGUGGUGUGUGAGCAUGUGUGUGUGCAUGUACCGGGGAAUGAAGGUGAACACAUCUGUGCGUGCACUGAAAACACGCCCCAGUGUGUCCACGUGUGUGUGCAUGAGUCCAUGUGUGCGCGUGGUGGGGGCUCUAACUGCACUUUUGGUCUCCUUGCUCCAGGGGCCCCACGAGGCCCAGGGUGGCCACCUGCCCCCAGAAUCCUGUGUGCUGACCAGGCCAGGUGGUGAGGCCUUGGCCUGCUUGUUUGCAGGACAGCGAGAGCACUUCUGUCGUCUUAAAGGUUUUUCUGAUCGAAGCUUUAAUGGAGCGUUAUUUAUUUAUCAAGGCCUCUUUGGCAAACCUGGGGCACCAGCAAAGGGUAGGAGGGAUGUGGGACUGAUGCCCCAACUCCCUAUACCCCUGAGCGGGGCAGGGGUCCCUGAGCUGUUCUUUGCCCUACUCCGAAGGAGCUGAGGCCCGAGCGGUUUAUUUAUUGGGAAAGUGAGGGAGGGAGACAGACUGACUGACUGACAGCCAUGGGUGGAUCAAGGGGGUGGUCCCUCCCCAGGGGGUCACUGCAGGGCCCCAACUGCCCCCCAGGAUGGAUGUGAGAUGGGAGAGGUGAGUGGGGGACCUUCACUGAGAAGGUGGGCAGGAGGGGUGGGUGAAGGGCUUCCGCUAGCCCAGACCACAGGGGCCCCUCUACCCCACUUGUUGCUCUGCCCCCCCCUCCAAUCUGCACUUUGAUUUGCCUUCCUAACCGCUCUGUUCCCUCCUGCUUUGGUUUUAAUAAAUAUUUUGAUGGUGUUU